AUGAGCGACCACCAGUCCGGCCCAAAUGCGCCCUUGCUCGCUUCUCAGGCCGAAACCGAUCGCGACUACGAUGACCAUGACUUGGAUCAUGAGCAGCAGCCCAUCGACCUAGAGCCAGGGUAUUCAGGCGGCUGGUUUAUCUGGGCUUUGACAUUCUCUGCGGGUAUCAGUGGACUUCUUUUUGGUUACGACACAGGAGUCAUUUCGUCCACCCUCGUAUCAGUCGGUUCUGAUCUCUCGAAUCGUGAGCUGACGACGGUCGAUAAAAGCUUAAUAACAUCCUCUACGAGCCUGUUCGCCCUCAUAGCAAGCCCGCUGGCCGGAAUACUAGCAGACAAACUCGGCCGGAAACGAGUAAUCCUCGUUGUAGAUGGGUUCUUCACCCUUGGUGCGGUGUUGCAGGCUAUCACCAGCCAGGUAUGGUGGAUGAUCGUGGGCCGCAGUAUUGUUGGUUUGGCUGUUGGGAGUGCUAGUUUGGUGACACCUUUGUAUAUCUCCGAAUUGGCACCGUCUCAUGCGCGAGGAAGACUAGUCACAAUUCUAAGUCUGUUCAUUACCGGUGGUCAAGUGGUGGCUUAUAUUGUUGGAUGGCUAUUCUCAUCUGUGUCGGGCGGGUGGCGCUGGAUCGUUGGUCUGGGAGCUGCACCGGCAAUCCUGCAGUUUAUUAUUCUCUUUUCCUUGCCCGAAACUCCUCGCUGGCUGGUCCAAGUAGGACGGGGAACGGAAGCUAUGAAUGUCCUGACCCGGAUUUACCAGGCCCAUCCUGGUAACAAUGCUCUCGCAAACCGCGUCAUGCGCGGUAUCCAGCAAGAAGUUGCUGAAGAGGAAGAAGAGCUAAGCACCAACAAGCCCACAGACAAUAACAUGCAGUGGGCUCAUGACGUUUCACAGCGUGCUCAUGAGUUAUUCCGGGUUGGCGGAAAUCGAAGAGCAUUGACCAUAGCAGCCAUGUUACAAGGGCUUCAGCAGCUGUGCGGAUUCAACAGUCUGAUGUAUUUUUCAGCAACUAUUUUCUCCAUGCUUUCGUUCUCUUCGCCGACGCUGACAUCAUUAUCGGUCGCUAUGACCAAUUUUGUGUUCACGCUAUUCGCAUUUGCCUUUAUCGACCGUAUCGGCCGCCGUCGUAUCCUGCUUUAUUCGAUCCCCGUGAUGAUUGUAUCCCUCAUUGUGUGUGCACUGAGCUUUUCGUCAUUCAAGAUAUCCCCGAUGUCGUCUGGACCCGGACCGGCGGCGCGUGGGGAAGCAAACGACCCUAGUGAGACUAGCUCGUUCUUGCCGAUCGCCAUCCUCCUUUGUCUCACAAUCUACACCGCAUCGUACGCCUUUGGACUAGGCAACGUUCCCUGGCAACAGUCGGAGCUCUUCCCCUUGAACGUCAGGUCGUUGGGUUCCGCUCUCGCCACAGCAACAAAUUGGGGAUCCAAUUUCAUCGUCGGUCUCACCUUCCUGCCAAUGAUGGAAUGGCUAUCACCUGGCUGGACUUUUGCGGCUUACGCGAUUGUCUGCGCCGUGGGGUGGGUUGGUGUUUGGGCAAUUUAUCCAGAAAUGAGCGGAUUGAGUCUGGAGGAGGUUAAGGAUCUUUUGGCUGAUGGUUGGGGUGUGGAUAGAACUUAA